AUGGCGGCAUCCAAUCCCUCGGUCGCUUCAAACAAGUGUACCAAUGGUUCUUCAACUCGGCCACUGUCCCCACGUCCUGACUCCUCCACCGCCGGCGCUGGAGAUCGUGACACAAACGCUCUGAACGGCCUGCACUAUACCAACUAUCCUCCCCCCAACACCAACGAUUUGGGGAACGAACUGGAUGAUAUUUACGACAAGUCGGAGAAGCUCCCUGCUCAAAUGCAGCACGGACUGCCCAAUAAGAAACAGGCCAAAAAAUAG